UGAAACGUAAACAAUCAGGAAAUUCAAUGAAAAUGUUUGUUUUUGUUAACAACUCAUUCGGCCCGUAAACGUAGCAAAAUCCACAGCAUGUAAAUUCAAGUAAAUCGCCGGCAACGCAGUAAAUGAAGAGUUCCCUUUGAGUGAGCAGCGGGAAUCCCAGGGGGUAAUCCUCUGGAGCGCAAAACCACACCAUGUUCAAACUGGAGUCCUACAUAACUCCCAUUCUGCUGAGCUACGUGGCCAAGUAUGUGAAGAACUUUCGCGACGAGGAUGCGAAUGUGUCGCUGUGGGAGGGCGAGGUCACUUUCCAGAAUCUCGACCUGCGGCUGGAGGUUCUCGAGGAGGAGCUGCAGCUGCCGGUGGAGCUGGUCUCGGGCCACAUCCACGAGCUGAGCAUCCAGGUGCCCUGGACGAAGCUCAUGUCGGAGCCGGUGAAGAUUGUCAUCAAUACGAUAGAGUUCGUGGCCAAGUUGCCAGAUGGGGAGAGCAAACAGCGCAGGGCCUCCUUUCAGCGGGAGCAGCGAAGGAAAUCCAAGAGAUCAUCGAUGGAGCAACCGGAUCAGCAGCAGCAGCAGCCCAAGAGUCCCGGAGCGGGUAGCUCCUCCAGCGUGGUCAACAAGAUCAUCAACAACAUCAGCCUGCAGUGCCACAACAUCAUCUUGAAGUACGUGGAGGACGACAUUGUCGUCUCCAUGAAUGUGCAGACCCUGAACUUCAGUUCCGCCGGCGAGGAUUGGAAGCCCACCAUGGUGGACAUUCACCCAGUCUCCGUGGUCAUGCGCAAGUUGCUACAGGUCUCGGAUUUGACCAUCUGCCUGGAUAAGAGGAACACGGCGGGCAGGAUUGAGGUGUGCCAGGAGCCGGUGCUCUAUCGCUGCACUAUGGAGUGCCGGGUGCUGCGCAAAUACAACGCCAAUACGGUGAGCACCUCGAGCACCACUAGGAUAGGAGUGUUUACCAAGGCGCUGGACAUAAAUGUGUCAUCCCUGCAAUUUCCCAUGGUGAUGAGACUGGUGAAAAUGCUCCUAGAACUAAAGCCAGCUGAGGGAGAGGAGGAUCCGCAGAAUCCGGAGGAUCAGGAGGCCGUAGCCGAGGGGCAGGAGGCGCAGCCGGAACCCGCUGGCCAAAGCGUCUUUUGGUGGGCCUGGAACCUGCUGCCCAGCUUCGAUGCGGAGGCGCCUUCCUCCUCCUGUGACACUCCCACAGGUCAUGCCUUCGAUCUGGGCAUUUACGCCGAGGAGCUGAACUUUCAGCUCAAGAACUCGGAGUACUUUACCGACCAGAGCAUGGGUGGCAUCAAGCGGAUACGUUAUACACCCAUUCUGAGGAUCUCUUUAGGCGGACUUUAUUACGAGAGAACUCUGCUCAAGGAGUGCGAUUGGGCGAAUGUCAAGGCGGGACUUUCGAGCAUGUGCAUGGAGCCACUGGGCGCCUAUCGCAGCGAGGAUCCCGUGGACCGCAACCUGGUCAACACCCAGGAGUUCCUGGAAGAGCGCUCUUUCAUCGACAAAAGCCUAUUCGACGAAAACUACAUGUUUGCCGAUCGCUCCUGGUGCAGCUACAACUACGAGGACUAUGUGGCCAGGAACACCGACGAGUAUAUGCUGUUCCGCAGUCCUGUUCUAGCCUUUGACAUCAUUGAGCACCGGGUGCCGAAAGCAAGCAGCCAUCCGGUGGCGGAGAGCCAACUGAGAGACCUGGGACUGCGCAUCCAGUAUCGUUUGCUGUCCGCCGGCAUCACCUUUCACUUUUCGCAGUCAUUUGCGCAGGUUAAGAAUGUAAUUAGCGAUUUAAUCCGUCCUUUCGAUUACCCGGGAUAUCAUGCAGAAACGGUGAAGGACGAGGAUCCCGAGCCGGAGAACAAGAACGCCGAUAUGACCAUCCCAGAUUUGGAGUAUCUGAUGGGCUUGGUGCCCACGUGCAACUACAAAAUUGAGUUAAGGAAUAUAGUGUUGCAGCUGUAUCCCCGCCAGCAGCAGGAGGAAUCUUCGGCGAUCAAUCAACACCAGCUGACGACGACAGUUAAGCAAUCCCUUUUGCCAUAUCUGCAGCUAAAGAUCUCCCUGGUCGAGGGCACAAUGUGUGGACCGGUAAAUCCCCUGCACCUGGUUCAACUGAUCACCCAUCUGCAGGAUAAACCUCGCGAGGUGGUCAGUGCCUGCUACAAUUGCUAUAAUUUCAACAUUAAGAACUUGGCGCUGAUGAUUCUGAAUACAACACCGGAUAAUGGGCGUGCCAAACUGUUAAACAUUCCAAGGAUGCAGGUCAACUGGAACCGUCUGCUGGCCCCUCAUCUCUGGCGUCCGAAUGAAGCGGCUCUUGAGACUUCCGAAAUCAAAUCGGAGAUCAUUACUUUGGAGUUCUCCAAGCGUGAGCUGAUCCUCGCCAAGCGCUUAGUUCCGCUGAUCUCGAGCUUCAAUGGCCCCGAUCUCUGUGAUUUGGCGUACAUUGUAGCCCAUGCCAACGCCCAUUCGGAUGUGAUCAAGCUGCAAAGUGUGGGCACCAAACUGGGCCUAAGUUACCACAAGUAUCACACACAUUUGGCUGCCGUGGCAUCUCUGCAAGGCAUCCACACCGAUGCCGUUCACACCAAGAUGAAUGUGCGCAAUGUAGUGCUGUCCACGUCGAAGAAUGCGAACAACAAGUGGCUGGAGGUGCAGUGCCAGUUUCCCCUGGAGAAGGAGCUCAAUCAGAAGCUGGACAAGAUGCCCGGCACAGUGGUGUGCCUUUGGCUGGAACCAUUUCGCAUCACCACGGACAUCUAUUUGCUACAGUUUCUGAACUUCUCCGAUAACAGUGGAAAGCAAAAGGCGAAAGAAAGGGAAGCAGAAUUAGAAUGCGACUCCAUUGUUAGCCAGUCGGAGCCACCUCUAACCCAAUCGGUUUCGAAUUAUUCCACAAUUUCUGCCCUGAAUGACUUUCAACCACGUCGUAUCAGCAGAAACAACAGUCGAAAGAUCUCGGUUCCCGAGGAGACAGUGCAUCUGAGCUCAGAACGGGAUGAGAGGCACACACAGACGGAACCUGUGAGCAUUCCCGUGACCAGUAAGCCUCAGCCAAGUAGCUUCGAUGCCACGGAUCUCGUGAAACGGCUGACCAACAUGGUGGUUCUGGUGGAGAUCGCUCAGGCCAAGAUUGAUGUAUGCGAAGUAAUGAUGCGAAAAUCACCUGCGGAAACGGAAGUAGAGUACACCUCCAUCCGGCUGCCCCAUGUAAAAGUUAAAUCCGGCAAUUGCGAGGCUAUUCAGCGAGGAAACAUCAGAGCAGUUAUUCCCGUGGCCACCAACACGGAGCUAUUCAAUUGGGUCCUUGAUCUAAACGAAUUCAAUGUGUGCUACCGCAAAGCUGAUGUCACUGAGAUGAUUGUGGCUCCAGUUAGGACCACUAUUACCUUGGCUCUGUCUCACAAAAAAUCUGAGAAAGUCGAAGAAAAAACUGCAGAAUCCACUGAGCAGAAUACCUACUCAAUAAAUGUGCAUAUGGAUAUGUCGGCCAUCAAUAUAUUUGCUCAAAGGGUGAAUUUGUUGCAUGAACACUACUUGAUUCUCUCUAAGAUGUACUGUUCACUUUACCCGGAUGAACCGCCUUCUAAAGGGCAAUCAACUAAAAUAAAUCCCAGACUGGAGGUCUAUACAGGCAGCGCCCAAAACUAUCCGGUGAUAAAGGAGUUUCUGGAGCUGGAUCCUAACUUUGAAGCACCCCAAGUGAAAAGUGCUCCCAAAAACUCUAUUGUGUUCUUUUGCCAAUGGACCAUUCCUCGCAUAAGUUUUGAAAUGGAAAACUCCAACGACUCGCAGCACAGUAAAAUCGUUAUGAUUCUGGAGGACUUGCUCUUGAAUAUUGAUAAGCAUAGUGACUUUACCAAGAUCACCACCAAAAUAGAAAACUUUGGCCUGAAUUACUACGAGGAAAGGCACCAGGAAUGGGAAAAGAUCGACGACUUUCACAUAAAAAUGCUGGGCGACAGCACAAACUUACCCUUGAUCAGUGUGGUCAUAACCACUGUUAGUCUUCAGGAUCUAUAUGCAAAAAUUGGCAUUCGAAACCCGCACAACAAGCAGCACACCAUCUCCGAGGUGCUAAUCGAGGUGCAACCGAUAGAAAUGGUGCUGGAUUUGGACCAAAUAACCGAGUUUAUGGUUCCCAUUUGCGAGGUCUUGGAAAUCCUGGGAAGUUCCGAUCGCGCACAGCCGGUAAACGCACAGUGUGCACCAGUUCCCAACCAGAUUACAACGGUUCAGGAUCUGCCAAUGGUGCAUUUGAACAGCAAGGGAAUCUAUGUUUACCUUCCCCUUUCUACAGGCAGAAAGAGUUGCAGUGUCCUGCUGCUAAGGAUUGAGAGCAUUCAACUAACACCGAGUCUCGAAAAUCCUCUGGUGCGACAGCUUGUGCGCCCGGAUAUCUACCAAAAAGCAGCUGAGCUCAAUAUGCUUAGCACCCCAGGAGCCUUAGUAGAGGAUCGUCAGUACGAGCUGAGUGUUAGAAAAGUUUCCCUGUCCACCGGAAACUGGAAGCAGACACAAAAGUACCGCAUUGAGAAGAGUCUGGCGAGCAAACAUGACAAUCCCGCCUUUGAGUGGAACAACCAAAGUCAAUCCACCGAACUGGAUCAUAUGGAGAUAUUCAAGGACUUUGACUUCAUUAUGAUCUAUGCGCCGGCCAUAAGCUACGAUCGAUUUCAAGUCUGCGGACAAAGUGUGGAGUAUAAUUGCAUCACUGAUUUUGUAGCUUCCUUGAACACGCACCAAAUCAGUUUGAUUAGCUGCAUUAUUGUGCGUUUCCAGCGGCUGAAUUGUAUAGUCAAUCAGGUGUGUGUGAAAAACGCCGAGUUGCCAAAGGAAAGAUCGCACAAAAUGCAGGGAGAAGUUUCCAAAUACAGCAGCGUGGACAACUCGUUAUACUUUCCACCUGAUUCCAAUGCGCUGAAAACAUGUCAGGAAAAUCUAAGCAGGAAACCGUCUAAAAAGCAACUGACUGAGAAAUCAAGAAACACGAAACAAGAUGCACGAGGCAGUAGUGAUUUCUUCUACGGAUCCUGCCAAAGCGAUUCCGGAAUUCACUUGGGCGGCAGUCGCAUGAGAGGAAAUCUAAGAUCGCUUGGAUCGGAGGAUAUUCAUCGCACUGGACGUCAGCCGAUUGUCUUGAGUUAUCCGCAAAGUGUAUCCUUUGUGGCCGGCAUAUUUGUGCUAAAAGUCUACGAUGUGUUGGAGUUGGAGGAACUGGAAAGACCGGUGAUGAAGCCACUUCUUCUGGUGACCGUUUCCCAGCCCAGCUUCAUGUCCACCCAAAAUCUUAAGGCAACCGUUACACAAGCCUCGAUCUUUAAUGUCAACAUAAGCGUGGCGAACGGCGAGGCUGAGGGAAAAGAGGAUUUGGAACAAUUUAAUGAAUCUGUGUUUGAUACACUACCAGGCCAACUCGGAAGCUCUGGGAUUCCGCCUCCCCUGCUCACGAUUAAGACCCAGUAUGACCGGCUGCAACAGAAGGAAGUCGAUGUGGAGCUAAGGAAACCGAUCCUCUUAAGAAUGUGUGAAAGCAGCAUCAAACAAUUGGCCAGUGAUGUGAUCCGCAUCUACACGGUUCUACACGAAACUCCCUGCUUCGCGGUUCGUACCCAGCGUCCUGUGCCCGAGGGAUCUCAACUGCGUCAGAUGAAGACGAACUGCUACAAUGCGGAUCGAUUGCACUUGUCCUGCGAUCGCAUAACUGCCAAAUUCUACGAUGAGGAAAGGACCUACAAAUGCAGCUUUGUUUGGCUCGAUCUCAGCACCCGCAUCAAGUUCAGUACUCGUCCCCAGAAGGCUGUUAUAAGAUCCAAUCUGGGAUCCUUUUAUGUGCAGUCUGGAGGCAAGAUGCUGCUCCAUCCCCUGCUCAUGCGUUUGUCGGUGGAUUUGGUCAGUGAGCCGUGGUGUGAUGAUCUGUUGAUCAAUGCCACACUCAAGCUGAAUUACCUGCACAUCGAUGCGGGUGUUCUGAGCAUUCUGCAGUUGCAAAAGGCACGGGAUGGAAUGUAUCGGAUAAGGGAAUAUGCUGAUCAGGAGUGGCAGCAGUUUCUGCACCGUCGUCCCGUUUUGGGAACUCCGGAAGAGGUGUCUCCCUGCGAUCUCAUUAAGUGCACUCCCUCACACGAAUCAAUAGAGCGGUUGAAGCGUCCCUUGAAAUCGAAUGCGGAAUUUUACCAGGAUGACUUGAGAGCCGGCGCCUUUCAGUUCGUUUAUUUAAAUUCCGAAUCUGUACUGCCAAUGCCCUACCAAGUGCAGAUUAUUAAGAAAAACUAUGGCAUCAUCUGCUGGCGGUAUCCACAACCUCGCCAAAUGACAAGCAUACACAUUUAUCCAGUGCCAAUGCCAGUAAGCAGGCCCAUACAUAUCAGAUGCCGCAUGGAGUACUUCAGUGAAACGCACGAAACAUUCCUGCAUUACUGCGAUUUCAUGCUCUCGGAAACCUCCACAAAGCAACUGACGCCUCCAGAUCGUCCGAUUUGUGCCACCAUUUGGAGGGUGGUUAUACUGCAAUCCUUGAUCUCUGUAGAUGGAACUUGCUUUGAGAGCAGCGAAGAUGAAGAUCUUUCGAUUGAGUACCUCCAGUCGGACUUCAAAGUGGAUGAAAACAACGAUUUCAUAUUGCAUCCAAAGGUUCUGGUGGGUUGCAUGCGAAUCGAUACUGUUUUUAGGGCUGAAAAAGUGCCCAAGCUUCAGUUGUUGCUCUGUUGCCAGGACAUCGAGUUGAAUUUCCUGAACCAGCCAGAUAACUCGGGAGAGCUUCCACAUCAGCUGAACAAGUACAACCUCAAGCAGACCACCAAUAUCAGCCAAACGUUUCUCACUGUGCAUGUGGAGGAUCUGCAGAUGCACUCGACCAUAUAUUCCAGGAGGGAUUUCAGCUUGCAGACUGACUUGCGCACUAGAAUCAAGUGCUUAGAUUAUGGAUUCCUAAACAUGCUGGAUGUCCUGGAGCCAAUGAAAUUCACUAGCUAUCUAAGAAUAACCGACUGUCCACGUUCUCUGGUGCAAGCCAACUUCCUGGUGGAUAAGCUGAGGCUUAACUGCGGACCGUAUGUUAUUCAUACUCUGCUGAGUUCGAAAUACCACUGGCAGGAGGUUUUGCAGCAGAAGGAGCUGCGUCACGCAUUGAUGCCCAAGUGCGUGAUAGUCAACCGGAUACAGUCGCCCAUAAGCUUUGGACAAACCGGCACGGUGGAGAAAAUCCAAGUUGCUCCUGGCGAAAUGCAGCUCUAUCACUUUCGAAGCUGCCAACACGUUCAGGAACUUACUUUCUUCAUCACAAAUCCUGAAACCCGUCUGGUUGAAACUAGUGAUUCUGUACACAUAGCCCUGAAGUUCGAGGACGAACAAAAGGUUCAUCAUCUGCGAGUGGGAGACUAUUGUAUCACCCUCAAGUUGGGAAAACUGUCCGCCACUCAGAUUUAUAUUCUGGUCAAGGGACAAAUCGAGUUGAUUAGCAUGGUUCCCUUUAAUCUGAUCACAGAGUUUCGAGUGGAGGAAAUGAGCUACGAGGAGAACAGCCCACCAGAGCAUCUCUUGCUGUCCAAGGAGAGAUCAUCUUACUACCAGAAUGUGAAGCGCAAUGCCGACAUCAAUAUGCGUCUCAAGUUGACCGCUGGAUCUGGAAGGGGUCGCACUGGCGAUAUCCCACUGAAAACCAACAAUAACUUGCCCUGGUUGGUGAAGGUGCCCACGCAAUCUGCCCAGCAGUUCAUAAGCAUUUGGGUGCGCAUUUUGCGCGAGGACAUUGUGAUGGAUAAGGCGGUUGAGGACUUUCAGCCCCAGAAGAUACUGAUCUGCAUUUGGCCGAUCUUUGAGAUAUGCAACAUGCUCAGCUGUGAGGUUCAGGCGACUGAAAAUACCACCGGAGAGAGUUCUACUUUGGAAGCCAAGGGAGGCAGAUGGGCUCUAAACACGGCCACCACCCAUGCUACAGAACAUAAUGUUGGAUUCACUUUCUCUGGUGUCCUGCGAGGAACCUCCAAGGAUGAAUAUGCGCUCAUGUUGAGGACAAUGGACUGGCACAAGUUCUUUUAUUAUGAUCCCAGCGUUUGGACCAUUGAAAAUGCUCUCCACAAGCUGGGAAAGUCAGCAAAGCCCAAGUGGCCACUAAAUGAUGCGGAAGAGUUACGCGUGAGCCGCGCUUUGCAUUUUAAGAACUCUUUUGAUGUGAAAUACCGGACAAACGCCACGAGGGACUUUUCGUGCUCCCUGGGAUUGGAGGUUACUGCCUGGGGCAUGUUCAUCAAUGGCACCGGCUUGGACGUAAGCAUCUUUAUGCUCCAAGAGCAGGCACGCAUUGAACUGAAAGCGAACAGUUUGGAAAUGAUGCCAAAGCUCAAGAGUGCUUUUACAAUCGAUGUGCCCUUUGAUAAUGGAUGGAUCGCCUCAACUCCUAUUUGUUUGGAGGAUUUCACGCAAAAAGCGAUUAGCAAUGCCGGACGAUCAAUGUUUCUGCGGAGCAAUUCAUUUGUGGAUAUAGUCAUAGUGGAAAGGGACGAGGUGAUGCGUCUGAUACUGGAAUAUAGAAAGGAAGCCGACGGUCGGCGGUUGUUUAAGCUGCGAUCUAAGUUCGUGUUGACCAACUUUACGGAUGUGGUUCUCAAUGUUCUGCCUCUGGCCAUGGAUCACAAGGAGAACUCUACGCGGGAGGAAGUUGAGGCAUAUUCCCUUUGCAAAAAGGCACGCAAUCUUAUUUCUGCGGACUCCAACAAGAACUGCAUUGGCAAUGCAAUGGACGUUUUCUACGAUCUGAACGCCCACAAGGCCAAGCACAACUGUGAUACAGCAUUCGUCUACUUUGUUUGCUUUAGUGUCGGUGGUAAUCGGGAGAUAUCCAUACCCAUUCCCUUGGCUAUACCCUUCACACGUCGCUGCUUCAGUUUGCAGGCGGGCCACGAAUCCAUUCCACUGAUGAUCACGCUAAUCGAGAAGGACAAUGUUCACUACUUGAACGUUUUUCGGGACACGGCACCUGCUAUUGUGAUAAGCAACAAUACGAAUGUCAAGUUUAUUGUGGCCCAAACCAGUGCCUCGGAGAACAGCAAUGUGACCUGCACGAACUCGGAGUUUGUGGGGAGGCAUUUUGAGUGGAAUCAGUUGGUCCUGCCCCAAAGUCGAUGCUAUUAUACCCCACCGCAGAUGUACGCCAACUUUCCGGAUGUGGAAUUCACCAUGUGCAAUUUAUCCCUGGCUGUUUAUAAAGAUAAACCGUGUGCCAAGAACAAGAUCGCCUGGUCAAAACCCGUUCGAACGGACAAAUCGUGGCAGAAAUUCCUGCAUGUUCCAAACCAUGGCGAUGUGAAAGUGGUGGUCUGUGAUAAGCAUCGAGCUAUCCGCCUGAACAUCUACUAUAUAGCUCAGCAGUUGGAGUUUUCGGUCAAGGACCUGCGAUCACGGCUAACAAAGCCAGAGAAUGAUUUAAUGCCAGCACAGGAACAGGAAUCAGAUGAAAAGUUAGCAGAAGAUAAAGCCACAUUCAAGGAACCCUUACCGGACAUGGUGGCGUGUGCCCAUUUCAGCGAGGAGUGCGAAACCAAACGGCAGACAAGGAUCAAAAUCUUUGUCAAGAGCUUUGUGUUUAGCCUGCAGACGGACAACCGUGAAAAUGAUUACCUUAAGACGGAGGUGUGUAAUAUCUAUGCGGAUGACUCGAUGCUAAUCUACGACGACGACGACGAACAGCGAGAGCUGCAUUUGCAGCUGCCGAAUCUGCAGGUGGAUAACCAGUUGUACUCCAGUGGGAAGUACGAUUUCCCUGUGCUGCUGUGUGCGGAGAAGCUGUACAAACGCAACUGCAGCCUGCCGCAGGUUUACGAUUUGGACUUAGUCUAUGAGCAGCAGGCACAGCGCACUCCCGUCUCCCUGUUCACAUUUAUAUUCUACCAAGAUGAAAUGCAGCUGCAGAAUGUGCGAUGCCAGAUACCGCCCUUUCGGGUGUAUAUAGAAGAUGCCUAUCUGAAUCAACUGCUGGAAGCACUGGUAGAGUGUGAACCCUCCCAUUGUGUGUAUAGUCCGCCCGAGGAACAGGAUAAAAUCCUUUUGCCCGCCGGAACGACGCUUCUGCCCGACCAAGUUGUGGCCCAGUCACUGUACAUAUCGGAACCGUUGCGUCUUAAUAGUUUUACCGUGGAGCCCCUGAGUCUUCUGCUAUCCGUCCAUACUUCUUCGAGGCUUUACAUAGCACUGGAUCACUCGCCACUUUCCUUUUCUCGCUAUGAGCGGCAGCAAAUCCUCACAGUUCCCCUACGCUUCGGACAAUCGCUGGGACUUCACUACCUUAGCGGUGCCAUUUUCGGAGCCGGCUGGGUCGUGGGCUCCCUGGAGAUCUUGGGCAGUCCCAGUGGCCUGGCGCGUUCGUUCUCCACCGGUCUGCGAGACUUUGUUUCCAUGCCUGUUCAAGGUCUCUUUCGUGGACCUUGGGGCUUCCUGGUCGGCGUGACCCAGGGAUCAGCCUCGCUGCUGCGCAAUGUGACCGCGGGAACCGUGAAUUCCGUUACCAAACUGGCUGGCUCAGUGGCCCGGAAUCUGGACAGGCUGACGCUGGACGCGGAGCACAUCGAACUAACGGAGGCAAGGCGUAGAGCUCGACCCCAAGGCUUCGCCGAUGGACUGACCCAGGGAUUGACUGGCUUGGGCAUCAGUUUACUCGGCGCUGUGGGCGGAUUAGCGCAUCAUACAUUGGAGGCACGCAGCUCUGUUGGUGUCAUCGCUGGCCUCACCAAGGGCAUAGUUGGAGCCCUGACGAAACCCAUCAGCGGGGCAGCUGAAAUGCUAGCUCUCACGGGUCAAGGUGUCCUGCAUACGGUGGGCUUCAAUGCCAUGCCGCAACAGGUGGAACCUAGUUUUACGCGAAACGUCGCCCUGCACGGAAGCUCCCACCGCAUUUGGAGCUAUCUGCCCGAGGAGUUGAGCCACGAUCAGAUGCUGUUCUUCUGUGAGAUCACCCUGCUGGUCAGCACGCAGCUGCGCCCAGCUUUACUGUUCCUAACCUCGUCAGUAUUGGCCAUCAUGCAGUCGGAUAGCGAAGACCUGGCCUUUGCUUCACCCGUUUCCAAGGUGGAUGUGCUGGCGGACCGCGAUGAUCCUUCCAAACUCUACUUGAGCCUGAAAUCCGAGAGGCGGGAUGAUCUUGAGGGGCAACUAAACUACACCAAUGAGCGCAUCAUGAAGUUCCUGAACGCCUCGCGACUCCAAAGCAUAGCCAACGAUUCGCUAAACGAUCUGCUGCAGCUGCACGAACAGGAUGUCGACGACCGAAUCCAGCGACAAUCGCAGUGCAUCUUCUAUAUUAAACCCAAUAUAGGAGAGCACCUGAUCCACUAUCUAAAGGUCAUUAGUCGGAUUCAGCAUUGA